AUUUAUAGAAAUUUAUUACUACAAAGGUUUGAUAAACUGAUUUUCCAGGAUUAUUUUUAAAAAACAUUAUAACCACGUUGUAUUAUGGUGCAUAUAAUCUAGUAAGCAUGUCAACAAAUGAAGAACCAGGUUUAUUCAAAUGCACCUUGUGUACAAAGUCUUUUGAUCAACAAGAACAUCUCGAUCUUCAUGUAAAGUGGCAUAAUGGUUCCAGACCUUAUUCUUGUGAAGAAUGUGGAGCAAAAAUGAAAUAUAAAGGCAGUUUAACUGUUCAUAUGAAGUUGCAUAAUUCUGAGAGACCUUAUAAAUGUUUGAACUGUGAUAAAUCAUUCUCAAAAUAUAGCUAUUUAGAGCGUCAUCUUCGAGUUCAUACAGCAGACAGGCCUUACCCCUGUGAGGUUUGCGGAAAGACGUUUCGUGAAAAGACGCAUCUUACAGCGCAUGCUCGAAUUCAUUCAGGAGCACGACCAUUUGUUUGUGCAGAAUGUAAAAAGACUUUUCGUUAUAGGUCUAACCUCGCAGUUCAUAUGCGCACUCAUAAUGGUGUAAAGCCGUAUAAAUGUUGUAACUGUGACAAAUCUUUCGCGGAAUCGAGUAACCUUGAUAGACAUUUAAGGAGCCACGCGGGGUCGAAACCUUUCACAUGCGAUGUUUGCCAAAAACAGUUUACACAAAAAUCCAGCCUGAUUGUCCACAAAAGAAUGCAUACUGGAGAACGACCGUUCCAAUGUAAGGUCUGUGAACGUGGCUUCACUAAAUCUGGUGAUCUAAACCGACAUUUUAAGAUACACUCGCGGGAUAAACCUUUCCAUUGUUAUGAAUGUGGUAACAGAUUUGAUUUGAAAGCAAAGUUAUUGGCUCAUUUAAAGACUCAUAGUGAUAAGCCUUAUAACUGCGAAUCGUGCGGAAAGGCAUUUACUACCGCUCGUCAGUAUAACUGUCAUAUAUUCGAAGAUCACGAAAAGACGGAUACCAAAGAUACUACGGUGGAAUAUGACAGCGAGACCAACGUCGAGACGAACAGUGAUACUAAAACUGUAGAAAAUCCUGAUGGUGCGGGGAAUUCUCAAACUGUGUUAUGUACAGUCCAGUAUGAGACAGGAGAGAAUAUUGAAGUGGCGCAGACUGAGUAUGUUAUAUCAACUGAAUGCGAAUGAGAUAAUUUGUAUUGGUUUGCUUGGUAUUGUUGUUGUUGAAUAACAUCCUUUUGCUAAA